AUGGCUAUGAAGGCCGUUGAUGGCCAGCGUGGACGAUUGGUCCGACUUGUGCAGCAGCUGGAAGGUUGCGUGGUCGUGGAAACGAAUUCAUCGCAUGCAAUACACAUUCCCGCAGCAUCUAUCCAUGCGACCUUCACUUUACAAGGCGGAUUUCUCAUAGCGAAGGAUUUUACUACAUCAAAGUCCUUGAUGGCGAUUUCGGAAUUCCUGGCCAACGGCCUGGAUGAAUGUCUGCCCGUUGAUGCACGUUCGGUAUGUUUUGAAUGGUUCGAGCGUUCAUUGGACAUAUCCCUUGCCCAUUCCAAGACACGGGAAGCAGUGUACGCGUGGCACAGAGCAGAGACCAAAUUAGCAUCCUGGGCAUCUGUUCAGCGUGCGUGGCGAGUCAGCGUUCAGCGUCUUUGGGAGCAAGCUCUUGUUCAUGACUUUACAUAUCACUGCCCCUGUGGUAACCAAGGACGCAAAACUUCAUUCACGAACCAUUUUCGCUCUGCUCAUCUUUCCUUCUUAUUCUCAUCAACCCAGCUACGUCGACGUUGUUGA